AUGAUGAAGCGUAAAGCGCUCAUUGGCGGAUUGAAGGUUGGGCUUUUUGAGGAGGUGCACAACCGCGAAGAGGUGAAGCAGUUUAUGAAGCGGUUGAACCAGGCCAACCUACAGCUUGACGGAGAGGAAGAUAGCUGGGUGCACAUCAAACCUUUCGCUUCCGCGGGAACGGUGGGCCACCGCCUGUUGCGCACCAUGCAAGACAUUGACGACAAGGUGGAAGACAGCGACUUUCCUUGCCUGGCCGAAAGCCACCUGAGUGGCCGCGAAUUUAGCUGUGAAGGCUUUGUGCACAAAGGGAAAUUGCGUUGGCUCAACAUUACGGAAUACGUGAAACUGGGCUAUUCGAAUUUUAUUCCCGAAGGAAACUACCUGCACACCAAGCGCCAGUUAAUUUGGGAGAAAGUGCAGCAAAUGAUUGACAUCUUUGGGAUUGAAUUUGGCAUGGUGCAUCCCGAAUGGUUUUUAGAUGAAAACGAUGUGCUGAGCUUUGGCGAAACCGCCUGCCGCAUACCCGGAGGGCAUAUUUUGGAGCUUUGCAGCAAAGCCUACGGUUUUGACGCCCUGGCCAAUUUUGUGAUGUCGCACGACCCUUCACUGAGCGAGGAGGAGUUUGACGCCAUGUUCCCACCCAAAGAUUACC